CUUCAAGUUUUUGUGAAAUAAUUCAGGUUGCCGACGUUACUAUUCGCCGUUUGCCAUCAUGUCAAACAAUAGAACGAAAAUUCUUAAUAUGCAUACCAAAAAGUUUAUUGAUAACAUGUAUACCGAUGUUUUUUAUAACAAGCCAUGUAAAGUUCCUUUGGUAAAAUUAACUGCGGAAGACAUACAAAAUACUAAAUUGGACGUAUUGAAAAAUGAGUUUAAGGGCAAUAAAAGGUCAAAAGCUGAUAUAAAAUAUCAAGACAAUAAUACAUCUGCAGAAGUAGUGUCUUCUAACAAAAGACUAAAGUUAUGUGAAGAUAAAAUAGAUGAUAUUAAAUUGAUAUUAUCUAAGGAGGGUGAAGUUAAUAAACCCCCCGAAAAAGUUAAAACACUCCAAAAUGCUUCAACAUCUAAAGACGAUGCAAAGUUAAUGGGCCAUAAAAAUUCUAAAGCUAAUACAAAAUCUAAAGAAAAUAUAACUUCUACAGCUGAUAAAAUAUCUAAAGAAGAUACAAAGUUUAAGGGCAAUACAAAUUCUAAAUUAGAUGUAAAAUCUCAAGAUAAAAUAACWACUAAAGAUGAUAAUUUUUCCAAAACAGGUCAAAAAUCUCAAGACAAUGAUACACAUACAGAAGAAGAGUCCGCUAAUAACAAACUGAAUUUGUCUACAGAUGAAGCAGAUCUUGUUGAAUUAGUAUUAUCUAGAAAAAGUGAACCUGAUACAUCCAUAAAAGAAGGUAAAACACUCGAAAAUGAUAAGACAUCUAACGACGAUACAAUGUUUAAUGGCAAUACAAAUUCUAAAUUUGAUAUAAAAUCUCAAGAU